AUGGCUACCGAAGGAAAGGCAAUGUGAGUUGGGCAUCAGCAAGCGCUUAAGCGCGCUCGCUUUUUGUUCUCAUCAAGACCUACCGCUAACGCUGCGUCCUGUUCCCUGUCGCUAUUAGCAACCCCAUGAGGGUGAGUAGCGCAGCCCAAGAUACUUGGAUUAUACUUGGUCGCGGAAGUGAGGUAUCUAGGGCGAUGGUGGACUGGGCAGACAUCGACGGAAGUCAUUAUCGGCCAUGCUCUUUGGUAGAUGAGCGGCAGAUGGGAUGAUGGUGGGGGCUGGAGCUGCGAAAAGAUCUGGUCGGGUCAGGCGGCUAGAUUGAAUGUGGAAUGAACGGCCUGGACGAUCGUUCGCACAAGGGUGAAAAGGGCGUCGGUUGAAUGGGCAUUCGGAGUGCUUGGGAAUAGCAGGGGCAAGGGGGCAAACGCUACCGAGACGCGAGUAAUAAUGCACUGGCAAGUCGCUGAAUUUUCACGUUUCGCUUGACACCUAAACAGGAGAUUAAGGUGGACAAGCUGGUGGUCAACAUCUCCGUGGGGGAGUCUGGUGACAGGCUCACCCGUGCAUGCAAGGUCUUGGAACAGCUCACCGGUCAGACUCCCGUUACCUCCAAAGCGCGUUACACUCUGCGUGGUUUCGGUAUCCGUCGUAACGAAAAGAUCGCUUGCCAUGUCACAAUUCGUGGACCCAAGGCAGAGGAAAUUAUUGAGCGUGCGCUGAAGGUCAAGGAGUACGAGCUACGCCGCAGGGUGAGUAUCAUCGCCUAGGAGCAGUGCGCCAGCCACCAACGAGACGUGCUGGAUCUGGCUCACUCGACGUCUGAUCGGAAUCCCACGCAGAACUUCUCCGAGACAGGCAACUUCGGCUUCGGUAUCACAGAGCACAUCGACUUGGGUAUCAAGGUGAGUCUGGCGUCGGAGCGCUCGAGUUCGUGUUCAGCGGAAAGCUUGGGGGAGCUUUGGCUAAAGCCGCUCGUGGCAUGCCCACAGUACGAUCCUUCCAUUGGUAUCUUUGGCGCCGACUUCUACGUUUGCAUGACUCGUCCUGGUGCUCGUGUUGCACGUCGAAAGGAGCGCACCCAUCGCAUUGGCGCUCCUCACCGUGUCACCAAGGAGGAGACUGCUGCUUGGUUCCGUCAGCGAUUCGACGGCAUCAUUGCCAAGUAA